AUGAGUAAGCCCGAAAAAUCCAAAGAACUCCGCAAGCUCUUUGCUUCCACACUGUCUCAACGUAAAUCUUCCUCAAAAGACAAGUCAAAAACACCGACAUCCACUAAGAAAAUCACACAUCCUCUAGCGACCUAUAUAAACAACAAACUCAUCUGUACAUUAUGUGGUAUACAGAUCAAGAGCGAAACAUUAUGGAAUGCGCAUUUGAAUGGCUCAGGCCAUAAAGAACAAUUGAGAAAACUCAGAGAAAAGAGGGGAACACUGGACAACAAGGAAACGGAAGGCGCAGGGGAAACAAAAAAAGGUGACGGUAUCCACAAAAGAAAGCUUGAUGCAAUUGAAGCAGGAAUGUCCAAGACAGAACACGUAAUUACUGGCAGUGGUGAAGCGAAUACGAGUACGAAUAGUACUAUAAAAAAUAGCAAUGAUGGCAGCAAUAAUAUAGCAGCGACGAAUGCCUCUAUUGGAAGCUCGACAGCGUACGAUGAAGAUGACAGAAGCAAUUUGUCAAGUGACGAAGAUCAACCGCAAGAAAAGCGCGCCCGCCUUGCGUUGUCCGAAUCAAUGACCCUCGAUGCCGAUACACCUGCUCAACUCCCAUCCGAUUUUUUCGAUGACACCUCAACCACUGCGCAAGCAGUCUCAGAAAUGUCUAUAACUUCCGAAUCUACAUCACAACCGUCGAAAGACGCUGACAAUUCACUCCCCGCAGAUUUCUUUGAUGCUUCUAAAAAUGACCCUGCUCCGACUACAGUCGAUGAAUCAGAGUGGCAACUAUUUCAGAAACUUAUCACUAAAGAAACAGAAGUAUCAAACGAAAUAGCUGAUGCUGACGAAGAAGAAUUACAGCGAGAUCGGGAUGAAAUGCAAGAGAGAGAACAUGACAUGUGUCUGAGUAGGUUGGAGAAAUUGAAGCAGGCUGCCAGGAUAGUCAAAGAGAAGCGAGAAGGGCAAAUGGUCGUUGAGACGAGUGGUGGAGUUUAA